GUAAGUGCUUUUCAACUAAAAUACCUUACAGCCUUUCUAUCGUGCCCCAGUAUGAGUCAUUGAAAAAUAAAAACAACUAAAUCGUAAUGAGGGGGUAAGGCUGCACCUAUAGAAAAAAGAAGAUUAGCUUAAAGGCAAGUUUGAUGUACAGUGAUGGUCGUAGUGGGCAACGAAUUGCUGACAAAUAACGAUGACCAGAAACCAAAAUCAGCAUCGCCGACUACACCAUCAGCCGUCGGAGCAAUAGCACUGAACAAUAGGGAUAUAGACACAGAGUUGCCUGAGAAGACCAAGCCUGCAGCUGACGAAGCAGUAGCUUCAACUAUCAAGCGAAAGAAGAACCAGUACGCCGCAAUCAUGGAAGAGGGAAAAAAAGUGGAGGACGACCAUCUUUUUGAGAUAAGGGAUAUGAACGAACUCAUUGCGGCUGACAAAAAAAAUGAGGAAGCGAUUGAAAACCAAGAAAAUAAUAACAUGCAAGUCUGUGACUCUAAUACGAAUACAUUGCAGGGUGUAUCCAGUCUCGACCGUCGUGCGACAGCUCAGUUGCCAACUGCAGUCUCGCAGCAGGUGCUUAACUUAGCCAUGAAGUCCGUGCUGAAUGCAAACAAUUCCGGAAUCGGAGUUGGAGUGACUAGUUCCGGCAGUCUGUUUAGCUCCCUGGGUGCACUAAACAGUAGUGCUUUACAACGGGAACAAGCCACGGAUUGCGGCACAUUGCUACUCUCUUCUGUUGUUCCAACGGCAUUGGAGUCCACCACAACUUCGAGCACGGGUGAUGCCAAAAUAGUUUUACAGUGUGAAGCCAAGUCCCAUAAGUUCGACACAAGAUCAAUACUUUUGCAGCCGAAUCAGGAUUGCAAGGUAGGUCGCCUUAUAGCCAAAAGCAAAGCGAGUGAAGGAAACGCAAUUUUUGACUGUAAAGUCUUAUCAAGAAACCACGCAAUGCUGUGGUACACUCCGGACGGUCGUUUCUGGGUCAAAGACACAAAGUCUAGCAACGGUACCUUUAUUAACGACAACAAGCUGGGUAAUGAUCCGGCUGAACUUCACUACGGGGAUACCGUAAAGUUUGGAGUUGAGGUGAUUGAGAACUCUCGCCAGGAAGUGCACGGCUGUAUCAUUGCUCGUGUCUCCCUCUUUCUACCAAAUGGGCGAGAGGCUAUUUCGAUAGAUGCGGGCCAGAUGCUGUUGUCCGGGCAUAACCGAAUUAGCUUUGACGAAGUUCAACGCCUAAACUCCUUUCUUCAGGAAGCUGUGCAGCGAGAGAAGACGUUAAAAGCAAAGUUAAGCAGCUUACAAGGCGUUCUUGAUACCACCCGAAAAAACUCUGCCAUGUGCUGGCAGAGUAUGAUAACUGAAGACCAGUUAUUGCACAAGAUCAACUUAUUGGAAAAAAAACUGCAGACGAUGGAGAAGAACAUUCCAGAGAAUGCGCUUCGAAACGAGAUUGUGAAACUUCUUGAGGAUAAAACCGCAUACCAGUUGACUGCCAAAGAGGCCCUGCAAAAGGUUUACCAGGAACGGUGCGAAGCUAUGCAAAUGCUCUCUAAGAUGGAAAUGUCCUACGCUACCUCAGAAAACGAGUGCACCAUAUUGCGUGCUCAGGUCUUAACAUCGAAGCAGACAAUGCUGGACUUUAAUGCUCGGUUAGAGCAACUUCAGCAAGAGUACACGGAGUACAAGCAGGAAACAUUGCGGCAACGACAAAAAGCUAAGGAACAGGAGGAGAAAAAUCUGGAGCUUCUUAAGGAGAAGCUGACCACACAAGCUCACGAAGUUGAGAAACUUCGUUUACAGGUUACUCAGCUUCAACAGUCUAUUGUUGAGAAUGAUAGUGGACUUUUGCAAGAGAAUGAUGUCUUGGAUCAAUUAGAUGCAAUCAUAGCCAACGAUGAAGAAUAUGAUAACAAAGGUCAUGCGUCGGACGGAAGAGAAGACCAAAAAACUUAUACACCAAAUAUUAUGACUGCGCCACAAAAUCAUUUCAUAAUGAACGUCGAUCAGCAUUCGACGGAGUCAGCAUCACAGAAGGAAAUGAUGAGAUUAAGUGAACCAGACUUGGAAAAAAUCAUUUGCAAUUCAAGCGUCAUAAAGUUGCUAAAGAAUUCAGAUCUUUGCAAAACAGAAGACGGCACAGCAGUUUUGAAAGCCAUUUUCAACGAUAAAGAUGAAGAUUCUAAAUGCAGAAUUAUGGAGGGUGAUGGAAAAAUCCAAGCUUCAAAUGCUGGCACAGAUUUAGUUUUAAGCGAAUUCAACACGGGUAUUAAGCAAGAGAGAGCAGAAACCGUAGAAGAGAUCGUCCAAAAUUAUUCAAGGUUUGAUCGACUCAAUGAAAUUAAUGAACAGUUUAAGAAAUCACCUUCAAGGAGCCCGACUCAUAAGUUCGAUAGCCAAAACACGCUUGUAUGGGUUGGGGAAAAUCAUUAUAAUCCAACGGACUUUCCCACAGAGCAAGCCAUAGAAAUGUUACAAGAGGAAUGUUAUACAUACAAGAAAAAGACGGAGCACUUAACUGUUGAAAAUCACUCCAUGCGCGAGAAGAUCGAUAUACUAAGAAAGCAGCUUGAGCAGGAACUCAAAAAUGAAAAAAGGCAGGACGAUAGCCAAGAUAAUACAGAGAUCGACUGGAAGGAUGACAAGGCGGCCAUAAAUAACUCGCAAGUGGAACAGGAGGAAGAACUUAUUGUUUACAAGGAACGACUUGAGCAUUCAGAGCGAUGCAACUUGGAGCUUCGUAAUGAAAUUUCAGACAUGCGUCUUAAUCAGCAGCAUAUUCUACCCGAAAAACAAUUGCUAUUGCAUCGUGUUCUACCUGUUGGCUGUAUCGUCAUUGCACUUCUAAUAUAUUUAUUUUCUAACCGAAUUUGAGAAGAUAAAUUCCCUUACAAUUCACUUUUAAGAAAUAACUUGCGAGCAAAAAGCUAUUGGAGCGUUAUAAAUGAUAUAAAUCCGGAUGGCAGUAAAUACAAAAAGGAAUCGUAUUCUCAUUAAGCUUUAUUACAUUUUCCUUUGCUUCUGUUUUCAAAUUCACAAUAAGUGUAAAAUUAAAGUGGUAAUUUCGAAUUAAAAUUUACCUUAAUACCAUUGAUAAA